UUGGCAGCUCAGAUUUCAGUGCUCGAAACCGAGCGCGAUGGACCAGACAGACGUGCCCAAGCUGGACGCGGCGGAGCUGCGGUCGCUGGGCGCAGCCUUGAGCGUAAAGGAGCUCAAGAAGCAGCUGCAGGAGCUGCAGGUGGACCUGCGCGGAUGUGUGGAGAAAUCCGAGCUGGUAGAUGCCUUCGCGAAGCGCCUUGAAGACGAGAAGACGAGAAGGUCGCUCCUCAGUUAUUGCAGGAUAUGUUGCGACUGGCGAUUGGAGGAUGACAUCUGGCCGCUCACGUGUGGUCAUAUCGUAUGCGUGCAGUGUCUGAGUGUUCACUUGGAAUCUCAGAUGGAGACGAUGAGGUCGUCCCUGAAGUACCACCUGCCCUGUCCUUAUGCCCCGGCCUGCACUCACGAGAUCCGGUUUCAGGACGCGGCCGCCAUGUCCGAUGCCCUGCGCCGACUCUGGGCCGACCUGCAGAAGCGCGAGCGCCUGCUGCGGGAGGCGAAGUACCAGGUCCUGGAGUGCCCCAAAGCUGGGUGUGUGGGAGUGGCCUACCUGGAGAAAGGCAGGCGCACAGCGAUGUGCUUUAUCUGCGAGCAUACCUGGGAAGCAGAUGCCGGUGGCCAGGACCAGGAGUGGCAGAAGCCGGGCUUCAGUCGCCACGUGCGGCGCUGCCCGAAGUGCCAGGCGCCCAUCGAGAAGAACGGCGGCUGCAACCACAUGAAGUGCACCCAAUGUGGCCGUGACUUUGAUUGGGCGGCGAGCCAAGCUGCCGACUCCAGCGCGUCCAAUUCAGCGGGAGCGGAGGAUGAAUUCUCUCUGCCCCAGGGCUUUGAGGGCCUUGGGGAGGCGGUCCGAGGCUUCUCACAGUUCACCGCUGCCUUUACUGGUGAGGCCAAGGGGGUGUGCGCAACGGUAAUGGUAGGUCGAACCUGGGACAAGGAAUAA